AUGCUAUCAAAUAUUUCUCGUGGAAGUAUAAGGGUACUCCCCUCUGUUGCGAAAUCAUCCUUCCUUUUGAAAACAAUAAGAUUACAAUCAACUACUAAACAAGAUUAUAAUAAUGAAAGUACACCUAUCCUACAAAGCAAUGUAUAUACUAAUACUUCUUUAAAGGAACCAGAAAAGAAACCGAUAGUAAAGAGUUUGGAGGCCAUAUAUCAAGCUCCUAUGAGAAUUCCAAUCGAACAUGGUCAUUUGAUUGCAGAUAUACAAUUAAGCUCAUAUGAACAUCAGAAUUUAGAUUUUUUUAUUAAUUUCAUUCAAAGAGUUGGAUUCUACUUAGGAAUACCUUUGACUGGUCCCAAACCAUUACCAACUAGAAGAGAAAGAUGGACUGUUAUUAGAUCUCCUUUUGUUCAUGCUAAAUCCAAGGAAAAUUUUGAAAGACACACUCAUAAAAGAUUAUUAAGAGUAUGGGAUACAAAUGACGAAGUAUUGGAAUUAUUUGUAUCAUAUAUUAAGAAGCAUGCAAUGACAGGUAUUGGUAUGAAAUGCAACGUCUAUAAAAGAGAACCGAUUACUAUUGAUUUCGAUAAAAACGAAGGAUUACCAAGUACAUUAUCAUCAAAGACUCCUAACACUGAUGAUGACCUAGUCAACGCAAAGGUUCUCGAAUUAUUAAACAGUCCGGAAUUUAAAAAAUAG